GCGUGACCAAACAAAACACAGCAACCCCAGCAUCUCAUGGUGCAAUAACCAGUAACGCCUGUCACAUUUUGCAUUUUAGUUACGGAAUCAAAGGAAAGACCAAUGAUUCAUCACUAAAAUCAGUCCAAUGGUAUAAAUAUCCCAAAGGGUUUCACCACCAAACCAUAAACAGAAUCUAAGCUAGGUACUAUGCUUUCAGUUGAACCGCUAGAAGAAGUCAAACUUUAGUUGAUAGCGGAUCCAAUACUCAUGGCGUCCUCCGCUAAGAUUAAUCACCCGCUGUUGUCCUUCUCACUAUUUGACGAGAAAGCCCAAAUGUUAUUCAGAGGGGUUAGAGAAUGGAAGAUACCCACAGAAGAUAGCAAGGACAUAACAGAUCAGCAAAACAGUUAUGCAAACAAGAAGACCAUAAUAGAGCCUAAUGACUGUGCUGCUCCAGAGAAAAUUGGCCUUUCCUGUCUUGUUUGUCAGAUAGCACAAUUUGAUUCCCUUGAGGUCCAGAGAGAUCACUUCAAACUUGACUGGCACAGAUAUAAUGUCAAGCAAAAGCUGAUGGAUAAAGACACUGUUACCGAACAGGAGUUUGAGCAAACUAUAUCAGGAGAGCUCUCCAGCAUAUCAGGAUCUGAUACCUCUGAAAGUGAACCUGAAGAAGAUGACGAAUUCAGUUUAAAAUCAUCUGCACACUCUUUCCAACCAAGUGUAGAAGAAAGCAUCCAGUCAUCACAAGUUCAACGGAAGGAGCGUCAGCUGCCUAAAGUCUAUCUUAUCAAUGAAAACAACACUGUCUUCUCAUUGUUUAGAACUGUUUUUUACUCUUCAAAGUGUCUGCCCGAAGAUGAUGAAGAAUUUGUGACAAAAACUUUGAAAUGUUUACAUGAGAAUGUUUGGGUGGUUCUGAUGACUGCAGGUGGGCAUUUUGCUGGAGCAGUGUUUGAAGGGGAAACGGUUGUUGCGCACAAGACAUUUCAUCGAUACACUGUUCGAGCCAAAAGGGGAACUGCACAAGGUUUAAGGGAUAGCCACCAGGGAUCACAACCCAAAUCAGCCGGUGCCACACUUCGCAGAUAUAAUGAAGCAGCAUUGAUACAAGAAGUGCAAGAACUUCUCACUACAUGGUCUGACCAUCUCUUAAAAUGUCACAAGAUUUUCAUCAGGGUUCCCACCUAUAACCAACAAAUGUUCUUUGGUGGGAAACAAACCUUGCUAUGUAAAAGUGAUCCCAGAAUUAGGACAAUACCAUUUGCUACAAGACGACCAACCUAUAAGGAAGUAAAGAGAGUUCAUGAGCAAUUAACGAGAAUCCAUAUUCUAGGAGAAGAAAGCGAUUCACUUUUACAUGACACCUUGCAAACAACGCCUCGAUCAUCUCAGAAAAAUAAAAAGGACUUACAGGAAUUUGGAAGAGCCUUUGCUACUCUGGACAAUAAUCGACCAAUCGUAAAUGAUACAGAACAAAGUAUCUCCCCAAUAAAAGAAACUAACAAGAAGAGUAAAAAGAAAGUGGUUAAUCGCAAAGAUGGACAAGAAACAACGAUACAGAACAUACCUUUUGGUGAAACAAAGCCAGACUUACCAAAGCUUCAUAUAUGGAAUCGUCUGUAUUGUGCCAUCAUGUCGGGAAACAGAAACAUAAUGGAACAGCUUCUUUCUAAAAGUGAUCCUCCUUUUUUAAAAGACAGUCAAUCAGAGAAUAAGGCGAUAAGGCUUUCAGAUAAUUCUGAUCAACAUCGGGCAGAUGACCUCAACUCAUGUGCAAAAGACCAAGAGGCGUUAGUCACUCUACCCAUGGCUGAACAUUCUGCCUCUGAUAAUUUAACUCCCGCAUCAAAUCCAAGCAAUGCCCCUUCUGAUGGCUCUACUGCGGCGUUAGAGGUUCUGAACGAGCGUUGGGGUCAAGGUUCAUCUACUUUGUUGCAUGCUGCGGCGUGUAGCAAGCAUGGAGACAUUGUUUACGCUCUGUUACGGAUUGGUGCUGACCCUACCGUAAGGGACGAGCGUGGAAGAACCCCAUACGACGCAGCAAACAGAAAGGAGGCGAGAAAUGAGUUUAGGCGCUUUAUGGCAGAUCAUCCUGAUAUGCACGACUACACCCUGACUCAUAUUCCAAGUCCGCUAACGCAAGUGCAACUUAAAGAGAAAGAGAAAAAAGAAGCCGAGAAACGGAAAGCUCAGAAAAAAGCGAAAAAACAGAGAGCAAAGGAAAAGAAAGCAAUCGACCAAUUGAAGAUGGAAGAGGAGAAAAAGCAGGAACGUCUCUCAAAAUUGAGUGAUAGAGAAAAAAGAGCUCGAGCAGCAGAGCAGCGGUUUGCUAAGCAGCAGGUCAACUCUACGGAGGUUGGCAAAAUCUCAGAUGCACAAAGGUGUGCGUUCUGCUCACGUGACCUGAGUGGGCGUGUCCCAUUUGAGCGUCUGUCAUUCAAGUACUGUAAUACGACAUGCGUACGCGAACACCGUCUUCUCUUGGAGAACAGAUGACCGCUGUUGACUUGAAACGUGGGCGCAUUGCUUGGGCGUGCUUUUUCAGAGUUAAUUAACGCCCAAGUUGAUUAAAAAUGGAUAGCACAAAAUGGUACAAAUCCAAGAAAAAUCGAACGCAGAGCUAACGUGGAUUUCGAGUUAGCGGGAUUUUCAUGCAGUUUCCUUACUUUUUUAACUAUUAAAACUUUUAAAAAAUAUCUUAUUCAAUUCAAGUACGAUGAGAUGCCCGAUGAGAUGAGUAAACAUCAAUAAAAAUAUUUUUAAAACA